UCCUCCCUCUGCCAGGCUGCCCACAGAGCUCAGACCAGAAACUGAAAGCUCGAGUCUAGAGAUAACGCGUGGGGAUAUAUAUGACACGGAGCUUGUCAUUCAACGUUGGCUGUCAUAACCACAGAUUGUAUCAUCAUAACACGAGGUGAAAACUAAACACUGAGGAUGUUUCUGAGGAAGUAGGGUCCAGGGGCCUGGAAGACAGAGAAGAGCAAAAGAGAGGAUAGCAGCUGUUACCUGAGUUCAGCAUAAGAUGGCACUGCUGAGCCACAAGAAUACACCGAUUGUUUAUGAAAGCUUGGAGAACUGGGAGUUUGUUGGCUCUGGGGGAUUUGGUCGGGUCUACAAAGCCAUACACAAAGAGUGGGGUUUUCAUGUGGCAAUAAAGAAACUCCAUGAUGGUGUUAGCCUGUCAAAAGAAAGGGCCCUGUGUGAAGAGGCUAAUCAUAUGGAGAAUGCUUCCUGUGAGUUUGUGCUGAGGGUUUAUGGAAUUUACCAGGGCCCAUCGGGUCAUGAACUCCCCUUGGAGCAGGGAAUCGUGAUGGAGUUCAUGGGAAUAGGAUCUGUUGAGUCCCUCUUGGAGGACCUGGGUGGCCCUCCACCAUGGCCUCUGGUGUUUCGCUUGGUUCAUCAGGUGGCUUUAGGGAUGAACUUUCUCCAUUCAAGGAAACUCAUGCACCAAGACCUAAAGCCAAGUAAUGUCCUGUUGAAUGAUGAUCUGAAUGCCAAGCUGGCAGACUUUGGUCUGUGCAGAGUUUCCGCCAGUGCUUCCUGCAGAAACGGAGAAAAAGCAGGAGCUUCUGGAGGCUCAUACAAGUACAUGCCUCCAGAAGCUUUUAACCCAUCAUAUGAACCUGUCCGAGAUUUUGACAGUUACAGCUAUGGUAUCCUGCUCUGGUCUAUCUUCACUGGAAAAGAGCCCUAUCCAGCUGCAGAUUUCUCUCGGGUGGAGCUGAGGAUCCCAUUAGGGGACAGGCCUCCCUUUGGAGACAUUGACCAGCAGAAAGCAGAGGGGCUUAAAGAGCUGGUUGACCUCAUGAGAAGGUGCUGGGAUCAAGUUCCUUCCAAAAGGCCUGAUUUUAAAGUCUGCCUGGAAGAGACUAAGAAGGUGUUUUCAAUACACAAGAUGGAAGUUCAUAUUGUAGUCCAUCAAGUCUUAACAACACUGAAGUCAUCAACAAGUAAUACACAUCAGAACAGAAAUGGGGCACUCUGUGUCCCCCUUUUGACACCAGAACAGCCAAAGUCACAUGACUCUAUCGAUUGCAGACUUAUGGAAACCAAAAGCACAUCAAUGCAGAGUUCUGUAAGUGUUUCUACCAAAAGAAUGAGCAUUGCAGAAAAAGCAAAGUUUGUCGAUGACAACAGACCAGAGUUGAUUCAAGUCAUUUCCGAGGUAAUGGCGAUAACGGAGGAGCUUGGAGACAUGGUCCAUAAUGAAACCUAUCAACGGAUUGAAGCUGAACCCACAAGCACAGAGAAAAUAAGAGUUCUUUAUCAGAGGACUCUACGAUCAGGAGGGGAAAAAGUCAAAGCAGCUUUCUUCGACGCUCUAAAGAAACACCAUCCCAGAUUAGUGGAGCGCCUUGGUGGCUGAUUCUAAAGCAGUUGUGGUCUUCCUGCAUGAACAUGUCAACGAUUAGACCCUUCUCCUUCAUCUUUUAUGACAAAACUAUUAAUAUUGUAAUUUUUAAUGUACAUUACUUUUCUGACCAUGUCAUAAUAACCUGAGGAUUUUGAAAGUAUUUUGUCAAUAAACUUUUUAGGAAAGAAAAUCAA